AUGUAUUUAUUAUCACAAAUAAAUCAAUUACUAUUGUUUGUUACUAUUUUAUGUAAUACAACAUUCUACGAAUGUGACAAAAUUAAUGAUGACGAUACAAUGCAAUAUAGUUGGUCCAUAAUAGUAUCCCUUAGAUAUGAUUGUCAACGCAAGAAUAAUCCAAUUACACAUUGUUGUAGUGGAACGAUUCUUACUGACUCAUAUAUUCUUACAGCAGCUGAUUGUGUUGGUAACUUUUCCGAAAAUAUGUCAUUAGAUGAUGUGACAAUUGCUGCUGGUAUUUAUCAUCGAUCUGAAUUAGGUCAAAUUAUUCGAAAUGUUGAUGAAAUUAUUAUUCAUCCAAACUGGAAAACUGAUAAUAAUGGCCAAAAACACAAUAUUGCUCUUUUACAUUUAUCAACACCCUUAGAUUUUACCGUAGAUAAAUAUAUUACUCAAAUAUUUCGAUCAAUAGAUUUCAGCUUACUAAAAGAUAUUCUACAAUACCCAUCAAAUAGCACACGACUAUUGACUAUUGAAUUGGAUCGUGUUACACAGCAUUUUGAUUCUACAGCAUCUGUUAGUCUACAACAAUAUGAAGUAUCGUUAGUGGAUAACUAUGAUCCAAUAUGCUAUGGAUUGGUUUAUGAUGUCGAACAACAAUUUUGUACUCGAUUAUAUCAUCAUAAUAAAGAUUCAUGUAACCAUAAAUCUGGAGGGCCCAUUUUACAAUGGAUUGAUAAUCGUUGGAUGCAGGUUGGUAUAAGAAGUUCUGUUGGAGAAGGAAUAAAUGGAAGUUGCCUAGACAUUGUUACCAGAUUGGCAUACUAUCAUGAAUGGAUAGAUUCUGUUCUAAAUCUGAAAAGUUUUACAUCUUUGACUAUUGCAACAAAGAGCGAUUCAAUUGCCAAUGUUUCCAUAACUUAUAAAUGUAAUGCAUUGAUGGUAUCAUGUGGUUGUGGAAGGAACAAUGUUGAGUUAUCACCUACGAAAAUAAUUGGAGGUGAAGAAGCAAUUCCAUAUAGUUGGUCAAUGGUUGUAUCUAUUCGUGUAAACGACUCCCAAGAGCAUUCAUGUGCUGGAUCAAUUCUUACUCAAUCGUAUAUUUUAACAUCAGCACAUUGUGUUGAUGGUGCAUCAAAGUUAGAAGUGUCUAUUGCUGCUGGUAUGCAUAAUCAAAUCGAAGAUUUUGCUAUGAUUCGUUAUGUACAUGAUAUUUAUAUACAUCCUAAUUGGAAUGGCAGUGAUAGUACUUAUCGCAAUGAUAUUGCUCUAUUACGUAUCUCUCCUCCAUUAUUCAUUCCUGGUAAUUUAGGCCUUGCUCGAACAUGUGUUCCACAUAUUAAUUCAAUAAAUGAAACAGUAAACUAUCCAACAAAUGGUAGCCAUUUAGUUAUUGUUGGCUGGGGUUCAACCCAAUAUGGUUACAAUAACAUGUCUAAUACACUUCAACAAGCUAGUGUAUAUGUGAUUGAUAACAAUGAUCACAUUUGUCAACAAUGGAUUCAUGAUGGAGAAAAACAAUUUUGUGCUGGGAUGUAUGGGAAAGAUCCAUGUUAUGGUGAUUCCGGUGGUCCAAUUUUUCAAUGGAAAGGUACUUAUUGGGAACAGGUAGGUAUUAUAAGUUAUGGAAGAGGGUGUCAUCAGAUUGGUUCACUGGCUAUUUUUACACGAUUAGCUUAUUAUUUUGAUUGGAUGGAGUCUGUAAUAAAUAUCUCAUUAACUACAACUACGCCAAAACCUCCUCCAACACCAAUUUCAUAUGCUUGUAACAAAACAUCAUCAUGUGGAUGUGGCAAGGCUGAUGUAGUUCUAACGUCCUCUCGUAUUGUUGGUGGUGAGAAUGCCAUUGAAGGUAGUUGGCCAAUGAUUGUAUCACUUCGUUUAAAUGGUACUAACGAUCAUUCAUGUGGUGGAACAAUAUUAUCUAAUUCAUAUAUUCUUACGGCUGCUCAUUGUUUUCGUCGAAUAUCCAUAGAAAAUCCUACGGGUAUUACUAUUGCAGCAGGCAUGACAAAUCGAUCAGAUCCAUUAAAAGUCAUACGUAAUGUAGAUCGAAUUUAUUUGCAUCCAAAUUAUACAGGUAUUCCAAAUGAUUAUCGUCAUGAUAUUGCUUUAUUACAUAUUGAACAUCCAUUUGUUUUUGAAACAAAUUCAAGUUUGACAAAAACAUGUAUUCAUCGUAUUGAUCCACCAAUAUCACAAACUCAAUAUCCAAAAAAUGCUACUCGUCUUGCUAUAAUUGGAUGGGGUGUACUUCUCCAUGGAACACUGUAUGUUCCAGAGAUUCUUCAACAAGCACAAGUCUUUGCCAUUGAUGAUCAAAACCCGAUAUGUUCGAGUUCUAUUAAUAAUACUGAAUUAGAAUUCUGUGCUGGAUUAUUUGACGGCGGAAAAGAUUCUUGUCAAGGCGAUUCAGGUGGACCAAUAUUUCAAUGGACUGGACUAUAUUGGGAACAGGUGGGUAUUGUAUCACAUGGAAAAGGAUGUGCACUAGCUAAUUCCCCAGUAUCCAUAAAUAAAACAAUACGUUCCAAAUAA